AUUUCUGCAAGACGUGUUGUAUGUUUGCCAUGUCAGGCUUUAUUUCCUGCAGGCCGGCUCCAAAAUUACUUCAACAUCGAUCAUCAAAGUCAUGAUAGGACAGAUCAUCUGACAUUGUGUCGGCAUAAUCCACUUUGUCUUUCUUUAAUUAAUCUAAGAAUAUUCACAAGAAUAUCUUUAGCCUAAAAUCGGCAGAGAAAUAAGAAUAUUCAGCAUGGGCCGGAAACACAAUAUUCCUAUGAAAAUCAAGAGUGUAAAGCGAUGUUUCCUGUAUUUAUCUCGUGCUGCUGUCAUUCUUUUAUAAUUAAAUUAAGUGCGGCACUUUUUCGCAAUCCCUGCCCGACUAAGAAUCAGACAGUUCUGUCAUACUACAAAUGAAAGGAGAGAUAAACAACAUCCUUUUUAAGGUUCAUUGGCAAGUCCACCUUGUAAUUUCGCUUCGAAUUCUGCCGUUUUCGAAUACCGUGAUGUUCGCCAACAACAGCUCAACAAAUCCUCUAAUACCUGACGAAUAUAGCCUCAGUGUCCAAAAUGGGACCUGUUUGCUGCCGAUUGAUAGGAUGGCUAACAUGAUAUGUUUUGCGACUAUAUACAGCCUUCUUUUGAUUGCUUCACUCGUGGGGAAUUCCUUGCUUAUCUUCGCUUCUUUAAAAUCGAAAAUGACAAUGAACCUUUUGAUAGCCAACAUAGCCGCGUCAGAUGUUUUGUUCUCCAUAGUCCACUUUCCUCGAGAGAUUCUGGAUCAAGUCAAAGGCUCCACAGCUUUUCUUGUCCAUGGACGGAUUGGACAUGUCCUCUGUAAGAUCUGUGCCUUCACUGCUGACGCUACCAUUGCGGUCUCUACACUGUCCUUGAUUUUAGUUGCUGCUGACAGGCUGAUUGCAGUUGUAUUUCCAGCAAAAUAUAUUCAAAUCACUGUCAAAAAGCGACGGCUUCUCAUCCUUUACACUUGGAUUGUAGCAAUGGCAAUUCAUUCUCCAUAUUUCUACACUUUCCGAUUGGACGCAAUCAAUGGCGAAACUCUCUGUAUCACAAACUGGGAGCCAGCCUUCAAUCACGAGUCGACACACACCCGAUACUACACUGCGUUACUGUUUGUUGUACUCAUUGUGCCUCUAGUAACAGUGUGUAUACUACAAACUAUAACCUUGCUGAGACUAAAAGACGACAAAAUGCAGCCAUUUCUUUCCUCCCUUGCUAAUCAACGACGCAAGAAAAGGACUAAAAUGCUGCUGAAGAUGUCUGUAGUGAUCGCUUUGGCCUUUGCAUUGUGCUGGCUACCUUUUAUUGCCCUUCAGUUUCUUCUUCUCUAUUUUCCGAGCUCAAUUCCAAAUUGCAGUUUUGGUUUCACAAUAUUUAAUCAGUUUGCCAUUCUUUUUGCUUUGUGUCAUUGCAUGGUCAACCCAUGCAUUUGCUUUACAUUUUUGGGUCGAAUUCGUAUUGUUCUAAAAUCCAUUAAUGCAAUAUCACGGAAGAAGAGUUCUACUUUCAUAGAAACAAGAUUAUAACAAUACACGUAUUUCCUGAUCCGAUUGAACUGAUCCGCCAGCCAUCUCAAAUAUCCUCUUUAUCUUAACGCGUGAUCAAAUUGAUGUCUUGAAGGCUAACUGGAACUAAUAAUGGGACUCUACGAUUUGGAAGGAAUGAGCUAGUAGCAAGAGAUGAUAUUCUCGUGCCAGUAACCAUUAUUAUUAAUAUCAGACGAGCAAACUAAUGUAAGUAAGUAAGUAACCUUUAUUUCAACACGAUAAGUAAUUAAGCUUGCAGCUUGUGGGGUCGUGUGUAAAUAAACAAUAAAGAAUACACCAGGGCCAAAUGGGACACUCUAAGAACCUAUUAUAAGAACUCCAUUCUGAAGCUAAUUUAUAAAAUGUACUACAAUGAUUCACCACCCUGUAUGACUGCAUAUAUUGCAAAAUCACAAACCUCUUAUAACUUAAGAAACAGCAUUAAGCUGUGAUGGGAUCGUUUGCAAAUGUUAAAUGUUAAUUUUAGUCAAGCAGUGGAAAGUUUGGAAUAAAAAUGUAAUCCUGUUUCUAAUCGGGUUAAGCCAAAGAGUCUUUCUUACCCCUCACCUUUUGCUGAGUAUGUUCUGCUGGCAUUUCAGGACCCCUACCCCAUUUUAGACAUUUUAGUCUAUUCUGUGGCCAGUUAUGGACCCCAUCUUAGUCACUUUUGGGCGAAUAUAAUUUUUGCGAUCCCAUCUUAGUCAUAUUCUAUUUAUUCAUCUACCUUAUAAAGUCUUUUAACUACUUCAUCUUAAAACGAAAUGAAACAUUUGUUAAACUGAGUGUAGAACGGUUUCUCUUUUUAAAUGACUAUUUGCCAGAAUAGUAACUAUGUUGAAAAUGUAACCCAUUAUGGUCAAUCCAGUCGUGAAAAUGCGACUCCACCCAGCGGCACAUUCCCAUUAGACUGUUACUAGGACGUACCCUCCCACCCCCGAAGUUAUAGCCGUCGAAGAUUUUUCAAGCCCUUGCUGCGCGAAAAAGUGAAUUGACUGGACCUGAAUAGAUUACUAGACAAGACCUAAUCAUAGCUUUCGUAUUGACACAUUAUUUUAAAAAGUGGAAUUCAUCCUCGCUCGUUUGCAAUGUCAACUUUCUGCAGACCUUCUCCACCCCGAUCCCUCUGCCCACCGGGAUUGGAGCAAAUAAUUUUUUCACUUUUUUCUAGUUAGAAAAAGAAGGCGGACAACUCCUCUUUUUUCCAUGUACCCGUACAUCCCUUGUUAAAUAAAGGAUAUUAUAUGGCCGCGCGGACAUACGAAAUUUCUCUUCGAGUGUUGAAAACUAUUUCACGAGUGAGCGCAGCUCACUCGUGAAAUAGUUUUCAACGCGAGAAGUGAAAUUUCGUUUCUCCAAGUAGCCGUGUAAUGUUCUAUUUAUUAUAUAAACAUCACUGAAUUCCCAGACCAUUUCACUUUCGAUGCGAACGGCGCCAUUUAGCAUGGAACUAAAGGAACGGUAACCUUUUCCCAUGUGAAGAUAACAUGUUAAUUUCACGUGUGGAGAUAUCAUGUUUUCGUGCGAAAGCUAACCUUGUAUUUCAUUGGUUUUUUUUUUUAUAAUAAAUAGUUUGCCCUCAAUUCCCGCAAUGCAGCGAAUUCGCGGACCUUGUGUUCUAAUGACUAUUUUAUGACGUGGAUCGGCGAAAGCUCGGAUUUUAAAAGAGUUUAGCAUCAAUCCAUUUUACAGUAGUUUCAGGCCUCAUUUGAACUUUUGUCAGUUUUUAUUAUUUAAAAUGCUGCUGAGGGACAAUAUUGAACGAUUAGUUUCAUUCUUCAUAACUCGCUUCCUUCCUCCAAAUGGCUGUUAGAUGCCAGGUCCGGUUCACAAGAAGACCGUAACAUCAUGUUUUAUUAUAUGGACAGGAGUGUUUUACUGAAAACUAAAACACUCAU